AUGAACGAGAUUGCCUAUCCCCAGACCCAAUUCCAAAGAUAUUCAUCUCGCCAAAUUAACAAGGUUACUUACUACUGUCAAUCUCUGAAUGCUCCUUAGAAGGAUGUUUCUGAAAAGAAAAACCAAAUAUAUAAUUGGUUGAGAAAUUUGCCAACGCAACAAUUGGAGCAAGUAUUAUCCUUUACCUCUUAUUACAGAGUUCAUUCCCUUCUAAAGAUGUUUAAUUAGGAUUAAAAGUUACUUCAUGAAUAUCUGGAAUUGUCUCAUUCCCCAUAUGAAGUUAAUGUAAAAAUCCAAAUACAUCAAUAUUAUUAUGUGAGAGAGUGCAAUCGAAUAGAUAUGACUGAGGAAUGGAGAUCUGCCUAAUAAGUAUCAAUUGCACUUAAACAAUAGUAUAUUCUUGAUCAUACAUACAUUUCAGAUUAUGAAUGGCUUUUAGAUACCGUUACAAUUAAAGGCAAUAUCGAGGAAAUUAUUUAAUCGUUUGAAAUACUAUCCAAAAAAUUGAUAUUCACAAAAUCUUGGAGAAUAGAGACCAAUGAGGAUGAGGAAUACUCAGAAAUUAAUUUUGAUUUAUAAUAAAAUCAAAAAAUGUUCUGGACCUUAUCAGAACACAUUGUAAACGAAAUUGAAAAGGCCAUCUUAAUAAAAUUCUAAUAAUUUGAACAAAAAUGCAAUUAUACUAAAUAAGAUUAAUUAUUAAACUUCCAUUAAAUUGAAUUAAAUUUCAAUAAUAUCAAUUAUGACUUUGAAACUCAAGAAUUUUAAAAGGUUUUGGAGCAAUCUAAAGUAGAAAUGUAGUUUAUUGAUGAAAAAGUUCUAUUAUAAAGUUGGUCUGAACAUAUUAAAUAUGAAAAUUUAAAUUUCAAUAAUGUUGAACAAUAAAUCCAUUAUUUAUUAUAGGACAAAGAUGCAAUUUUUUAAUCACCCCUUAAAUUCACAAUUAAAGAAUCCUUAUUGUUUUGCAAAUAUUUAAUUUCUAAAUAAUUAAAGAUUACUUGUCCAUUAAAAAAACCAGUUGAGGAGAAUCUCAAAGAAAAGAAAAAACCAAAACAAAAGCUUUCUGAUUUGAAACUAUUCUCAAGUUAAGCUGAUGUGGAAUAAUUAAAAUAAGUUGUUUCCUAUUUUCCAAAUUCUGGAAAGUCAAAAAUAUUACCAGAAACUGAAUAAAGAUUAUUUAGCACUAAUUUAGAGGAAAAAGAGCAGUAAAUUUAUGAGCAUUCGACAGGUUUUAUGAAAAAGUUGAUUGAAACUGUUGUGAUAGAACUUGAGAAUUUUAAAUAGUAUAAAAAGAAACUUAAGAAAGUUAAAAAUACUAAAAAAUAAUAAGUAAUUGAAAUUGUGUAGCCAGAACCCCCCGUAUAAGUAUCUCAAGAUAUUAUUAAAGAUGAUGAAUGGAAUGAUAAACCAAAGUCUAAAAAAUAAAGGAAAAAACAGCUUGAAAAAUAAAGAAAAAAAGACAAUUUAGAAAGGAAGAAACUCAAAUAAAUGAAUCAAUCUUAAUAGCUAAGUGUGUAACAAGAUGAAAAAAUAGAGAAAUCAUCUAAAUCUUCAAUCAAAGAUGAUAAUGAAGAUAUUGAAAAUGAUAAUGAUAAUGAGGAAUAAACAAUUGAAUAAUAAUAAUAACAAUAAUAACAAUAAUAAUAACAAUAACAAUAAUAAUAACAAUAAUAAUAAUAAUAACAAUAAUAAUACUUGAUCAUUGAAAAAGUAACUUAAGAAAUUCCCAUAGUCAUUAAUUAAUUACCUGAUGAUGAGAGCGAUUACAUUGAAGUUUAGAAUAAAAAGCAAUAGAAAAAAUAAAGUAAGUCAAAAUCAUCUAGACAUAAGAAGUAGGCCAACAAGAAAGAUAAGGAGUUUUAAGACAAUUAAUCAUUGCCAGAUGAGUAACAGUAUAUUCCAGCAUUAAAAAAAUCUACUUCUCAAUCAGUCUAAAAAAAUAAUCAUCACUAAUAUGAUGAAUUAAAAUUGGAAAGGAUGCAAUCUCAAUAGCAAAAUAGGAUCACUUUACAAAAAAAGGAGAAUGGGAUAAAUAAAAUUCAAAGAUCAGGCUUAGUCAAAUCAAAAGCUUAAAACAAAGAGUAGAAGUUAUACACAUACGAUUUGGAUCAAACCUAAUUGUAAAAGAUCUAUAAAACAAUAUUGGAAUAAAAAAUUACAAAUGAUGUGAAAUCAAUAUAUCAAAAAGAGAUUGAUUAAUUUAAUAGGUACAAGGUAGCUAGGGAUAUUUCUAUUCAAAGAGUCUAGCAUGUUAUUAAAUCAUAUUUUUAGAAUUGCGAAACUGAAAUCUUUGGAUCAUCUACGACUGGCUUAGCCUUAAAAGAUAGUGAUGUUGAUAUGGUUGUUUAUGGUUUACAUGUAUACACAAAAUAAUAAUUAUUUGAACCUAUGAGAAAAUUGAUAGAGAUAUUUAGUGAAUUGAAAUGGACUGUUUAAUGCAAACAUAUAUUUUAAGCCUCAGUGCCACUUAUCAAAGUUUUAGUAGAUCCUUCUAUAGACUUUCUUUCGUUCAAAGGAGAGCCAAAAUAUAUUUUAAUGCAGUGCAGAAAUCUUGAUCUCAAUUUAAAAUAUGGAGAUCCAAGUUAACAUAUCUUCAUUGAUAUCACGUUUGAAUUGACUCCUCCAUAUCGAAUAUAUAAUCCAUAUAUAUAAGCAUACAAUAUUGGUUUUUAAUCGACUCAAUACACGAUUGAUAUAUGCGAUAAAAUUCAAGGGUUCUCAGAAGUAGCAAUAUAUUUAAAGAAAUUGCUCAAGAUAAAAGACCUAAAUGAUUCAUACACUGGUGGUAUUAGUUCAUUCUGCUUAACUAUUAUGUUGGCUGCCAUUGGGUAAGAUCACAAUAUUGGUUAAAAAUUAAUCAAUUUCUUACACAAAUAUGGAUGCAAUUUUGAUCCAAAUAAAUGGGCUAUAUAUUUAGAUGAAAAAGGGUAAAAUAACUUUUGCAAUAUUGAAGACGAAUAAUCAAAUUAGCCACUUACAAUUAUUUCACCAAUCAAUUUACAAAAAAUUCAAAUUAACGUGACUAAGAUAUAAACUAUUUUAUAGUUGUUUCAGCAAUUGUAUAUUGAAAUAAUGCAGAAUAUUGAUUAGAUUGAAUCUAGCUUAUAAAAAAAAAUCAACUAAAAAGAUUUAUUGGAUAAUUACAAUAGUCACUAAAUAUAAAAAUUAGUUGACCUUGUCUUUUGGCAAUGUCCUAAUCUACUAGAAAGCCACAUUUAAUGA